GCCAAUUAGAUUUGCAAUUUUCAUUUUACUAUUUUCGGUAAUAAUGAAAAAUAAAGGAAUGAUUUAUACAUAAAGCACAAUAAUCUUUAGUACUAAAAUCACCAUGUCGAUAUUCUUUGAUUUCGACGUGGGUCCGAGUGGCAGGCGUUUGCGGAGAGCGGUAGAUGAGGACAAAUAUGAUAUAGAGAAGUUUUGUGAUCGAAAUCUAACUGUUCCUUUAUUUGGGGAAGCCAGCAUUGGUGCUUUAAUCGAGUUGUCAACCUUGUCGAUCUGCAUGAUCAACGAGCGCAAGGAAGUGACGGGCUUCGUGGCGCUCGGCGACCAUCCUGUGCAGGCCGCGCUGCACGCCGCGCACUGGGAGAUCUGGAUGCGGAACAUGUUUCAUCGCUUCUACUUAUCCCGCAACACGCUGUUCAUUCACUACAUGUGUUGUGCGGCCGAGGUCGUCGAUUACUUCGUGUCAGAAGCCCUAGUCUCAGUGUUCGUCAAUGACUUGUAUUUGAAGAAUAUUCUCCUACUUGUCAAUAAGGGCUGUCCGGAAGAAUGCUACACCAAAUACAACGUGUUCCAAAAUAACAUUACUUACACGUAUAAUGCCAGACGAUUUACCGACGACAAUUUAGGGAUGAUUAUGUUCGCAGCUGAGAAACGAAACUUCUGUCCGCAGCUAAAACUGCGACGGGCCGUUCAAGAAGACAACGAUGAAAUAGUAGAGAUUCUUGACAAAAAGUGUCCAAGACUGAAGGAGUUGUAUGGUGAAUAUUACAUCGCUGAGCUGGUCGGGCACCACCCAGAAACUAAGAGGCGUAUCAUCGUUGCAGAGCAAAAAGACAGAUCAAUAGCGGGCGUGAUGUGCCUGAACUCGGACAUCAACUACGAGAAGCUGCAGGGGACGUACGACCUGAAGCAGUUCUAUGGCCUGAUGAAGACCACACCGCUCGACAGGGAGAUGAGGAAGCGGUCAAACAAGUUGCUCAGCACUUUUGGAGAACCUGUAAUGUGCGGUAAAUGGAGUCCAUACAGUCGAAUGGUGAAAAUGAAAACUGUUCGCCAUCCAAGCUUUUCAGAACAGAAAACAAUGGAAAUAGUAAAAGCGAAGAGCAGCCGAGUCAGCUUCGACCAGCAAGUGUACCGAUCCAGUAUUGACAGUAGGAAGUCUUCAGACGCAAGUUCCAAAUACGCUGUAACACCUACAACGUCGGUGCAGUCACAAAUGACACACACGACCGUAGUGGCGUUGUUGGAGGAAGACGACCCGUUCGAGUACGAAAUCGUGAAUAUCGAUGCUGGUCUCAUGAUGUUACCUGACGAGUUGCCGUUUGAUGAAUUGCUAUAUCCAGAUGAGAGCGAAAUGCGGACUACUACAUUGACGGGAAACAAUGAAACGGCGAAUGAAAUUGGACCAGAUACUGAAAUUACAAUGUCGCGAAAAGUUGAUAAGCGUACAGAAAAACAAACAACCAAAAGAAGGACAAGUCUGUGGCGCAAGGAAAAUAAUAUAGGCAAAGUACCCGAAGUGCCAAAAAGAAAGCCCAGUAUCAUUCCGUUCCACUACGUUGGAGAACCAAACGCUUUUGUGAUCGAGUUGUUUGGACUAAGAGACGACGUGCACGAAAGGCAUUCUUUCGACUUGUUGGAAGCUGCGUUUGAAAUAAUGAAGGAUUACGACUACUGUAUCAUUGAGGUACCUCUGGAAGAGCCGGCCUUUUCGUUGUUGCAGCAUUUUUGUUUUGUUCCAAUACUCGGUGACAUACACGCUGAUACCGCAUUAUACGUGGCACACAGAAAUGCUAUUUUUGGAAAACUCCGCGUCCGCGAAGCGGAGAUGGCGGACGUGCCACAAAUAUCUCAAGUGUUACAUGAUGUGGAAGCGAGAGAUACGAUAUGGACGGUCGAGGAUACUCUCAUGAGAGGGAAAGAGAACAAAGUAUAUGUCAUGCUCUGUGGGACUGCGGUCGUCGGCUUCGGCAUUGUGGAGCCUCCAGAGCAAAUUGACUUCAUCCGAACGAAAUUCCUUCUAGAGUCGUACCAUAUCCACAAAUACCACAAACAGCAUCAGGAACUGGACAGCGGGUUCACGACACUAAAGACAGUGGUCUCGUAUCGCGUGUUCGAGCAACAUUUCAGAUUCUUUGCCAGGGAUAUGAUGAGGCUGUUUGGCAGUAACUCCUUGAUUUGGCUCACGGCUUAUAGGAAUAAAUGGAUAGCUAACAAAGCCAACAUCCUAGCUUCGAUGAUGAUACCCUUGAUGCCUAGGAAGAACGAAAUCGAAUACUUUGAAACGAGGGAGCUGAAACGCAUUGGCGCUUUGAAUAAAUCUAUAAUACCUUUCACGACAUGGUUCUUGAGCAAGAAAUUUUGCAGUGUUCCUAUGUCUAAUGUCAAUGCGAGAAUUGUGGUCGUCGGCGCCUCCCGCACGGCUCUUGCUUUUAUUGAUGAAUUGAUUUUUAGCGAGUCCUGCACUUACCUAUCAUUCUGCAACGUCACACUAAUCUCUCCGUCGGCCGUUCCCCACAUUCGGAAAAACAGUCAAGCAUCAGAACUCAUGUUCACGAAGUACAACUCUAGUUCAGACAAUUACGUCAAGAGUGUGCCGUACACAUAUUAUGUCAAUAUAGUACAUGCCACGCUCGUUGGGAUUGAUAAGCGACAUAAAUACGUUACAGUAUCCAGUGGUGGCAAUAUAUACUACGACUACCUCUGUUUGACGUUUGGCAAGCAAUACCAACCACCUGAUUAUUUUUUAGACGCUUUCAAAAAGGAUCACCGACAGAGACAUGGUGAACCGUGUAAAUACCAGCGGUUGGACAACCCUCGCUACGUAACCGAAGAGGUCCAUAUAACGGCGGAUUAUUUACCAGAAAAUGUGUUUAUAGUGAACUCGUACAACGAAUCCACCAGGGCUAUCAACUACGUCACGAAACUGGCGUCGUCGGCGCAAGCGUCUUGUACAUAUUUAUCUGAUUAUAAAAUAAUCGUCUACGGGGCAACCAUCCAUACCUACUGCUGCCUCACUGCUUUGCUCGAAGCUGACAUUCCCGCUGAGAAUAUAAUAUUCGUGGAGCCGUUCCCGUCCAAGGAUGAGACCGAGCCCAGAAUAUCGCUGUUUUGUAAUGAAUCUGUGGAUCAAGCAGUACAAGAAGUGCUAGCCAAUCUCAACAUAACUGUGUACAGAUCUUACUACUAUCAAGACUGGACGAUCGACGUCAACAACCGAGUGACCCAGGUACAAUUCCUGUCGUAUUUCAAGAAGAUCAACCUGCAGUGUUCAGCGUUCUUCUACUAUGGGAAGACUGGCAUCAAUCCUCAAGCUUUUAUGGCUAUACACAAAACCGGCAUCGCUUACAACGACGGGAUCCUAAUAGACCACGAGUUCCGUACAAAGAAUCCAUAUGUGUAUGCAGCGGGACCGGCUACUAGGUACUACGGGAAGUACUUCGCUGACGAUAAGUCCCACCAAUAUUAUGAUUCCUACGAGAUUGGAGCUAAGUUCGGUGAAAUCAUAAGGAACAAGCUAGAUCCAUUAUUCAAACCCAAAGAGAAGAAGAGGAAACAUUCAGUCCCUCAAAAGAAGAAUUCUGAAGGUGGCAGUUUCAGCUCGAAUAGACAGUCACUUUUUUACAGAGACGAAGAACCCAGCAUAUCCUGCGACAUUCCGACCCUGAAGAAGCCGCUAGUGACGUGCUGCGUCCUGCCGGGCGGGCUGCGGUACCUGCACGUGCGGCCUCCCGGCAACAAGCUCCCGCACUACUACGUGCACAAGCUACAGUACAACGGCUACGUUCUAGAAACAUUCAAGAGAGGCUACUUCAAGCUCCACUUGGAUAUGAAUUUGGUGGUCGACGGCAUCACGUGCCUCAGCCCUGUCUACUCGCUUGAGAAUUUCAAAAACUUGUAUGGAAAGCCUUCGAAUGUAUUAAACAAUGUGUAUUUAAAAUACGUCACAAAACGCAUUGACGAUUUUUAUGAUUAUUUCCGGCAAGCCUGGGCUCAAUUCCUGUACAUUGAUCAUGUUGACGACCUAUUUGCUAUGGUGAAGGAACUCAACCCAAAGGUACUGGAGAUUCAGAGUCAGGAAGAGCUUAAAGCGGUUAAGCCUAUUAAAAAACGUACUGUACCAUUAUCUACGAUCAUAGAAACAGAAGGACUCCCACGACGUCGGCUUCCAUCAGUUAAAAGUCACAUCAUGGACAAAGUCCGUCCAGACCUGGAGAAAUACCAGAAAUCUUCACAAAUGGACGCGAUUAUAGACUACGUGUUCGAAUGGAUAGACCAGCACGACAUCCUGCUACCAAUGUACUUGCAUCCUUCGAAAAAACCGCUGUUUAUGUGUGAUUUGAAUUUUCAUCCAUCGUUUCGUAAGAAGAAGACGAAACUGUCCAAGAUAAUGAAGAUGAUUAUGUCGUGAUUUAAUUAUCCUGGAGAGAAAUAAAAUUGUUUUUGUUUUGA